AUGGCCAGCAGCUGCUUCAAAUGCAGCUUGUUUUGCUUGGUGGUCGCGGGCCUCGUCGGCCUGUCUGCGGGGAUUUGGUUUGGAUUCCUCUGUCAAGGCGAUGAAUGCAACAUUGUCUUUUUCUGCCAGUUCCUGCUCUCACCGCAGCUUCCAUUGAUCCAUCAUUACCGUUCCCGCAGCUAUGAAGAUUUCAUGUUCAAGUUCACGGGAAGCGGCUGGGACCGCAACUUUCAGGCGGGCGAGAUAGGAAUAGACGCAGGUCGAAACGAGACACGGGAGGAGUUGUCCAAGAGGGCCUUUCGGAUACGGGACAAGACAGGAUAUCGCGACACCACUGCUCUGAGAUUCCUUCCAAAACUUGCUGAAAUCUCCAAUCUGCCUAUUCAGCAGCGGUUGAGCCGCUUCCAUGCCAGCGAACAUUGCGUCAUGGGAUUCUCGAAGCCGCACGAGACGGAGUGCAGGCAGUUCUUUUUGGUUGCGAUCGUCAGGGUCGUGGAGCGCGAAGAGGUCUACAUCGAACAAUGGAUCAACUUGCACAGUGCUGUGGGUGUUGAUCAUUUUGUGGUACUUUCAGCUAACACAACCUUGCUGCAUGCGGCCUUGCGGCCCUUCGUUGAGGCUGAAAUCGUGGAUGAAAGGCUUUUUGUCCCGGGACCCUACAAGCAAAAUGCUAUCGCGAGUUUGGGACUAUCCUGCUUUUGGAUGAUUUUUAUUGACCUGGAUGAGUACAUAUUGCCACCACCCCAGCAUGGAAGCUUGAAGGACUUCCUGCUGCCCCUUACAACGGUCCGUCGCGACCGUCGAAGCCCCAAACAGAUCAUGGUCUUCUACAAGUACUUUGGAUCCAAUGGCUGGGUGAAGCGACCAAGGGUCCCUGACAUUGAGGCCUACACAGAUCGUGACCGGCCGCUACAGCCCAAUGGCAAAAGCUUAGAGCUCAUUGAUGCCAUCAAUGUGACAGACCCCUUCACUGGAUUUGCACACAGGUCCAGCUUACUGGGAGAGUUUCGGCACGACUCAGCUACCUCGAUUCUGACGUUUAACUCGUGGAUUCUUUGGGUUGAUACCAUGUGGCAUCCCGUCAUUUGCAGACGCGACAAGCUCACUUUGCCAGACGACGCGGACGUUAGCUUAGCAAACUUCGUGCUGGGAGUUUUCAGUCUUGCUGCUCUCCUUUGUCUUUGCAGCUGUUCGUGGCUCGCUGAGGGACUCAUCCAAGAGAUACUUCCGAUGCCCUAA